UUUAAGUCAUAAAUGCAUAAUAACACCCACACCCUGUAUCACAUCAUAACAUGUUAGAUGUUUUGAUUGACUGUGUGUGUCCUCUCCUGUGGGGAAUAUUUGGCAUCAUAAAGAGCUGCGAGUUGUGGGAGAUGACGACCUCAGCCAAGAUCUGUGUGCGUGUGUGUAUGUUCCCUCUGCUCCAAUCCAACACAAACUCCCGGUGAGGUCUCAUCAGCCGAAGCCUCGUUGAAAGGUUAACCGAAACCGUGCCCCACCUGGCGCAACUUCCUGAGUUUGUUCGUCAUUGCCCCCCCGCUGCGCUGCGACUGACGUGGCGUUGUGAAACCGGCGCGAGCGCCCCUUUGCUGUUCCUCGUCGUAUGCCCCCUCUCCUCCUCUCGCUUGCCAACUCCCCCAAGUCGUAGCGCCUCCUCUGCAGAAAAGACACACUUCCUGAUGUCAUGACUAAAUCAAAAAGCCCGGCUAGCAGAUGUCAAAGAGAGGCCCCCGUGAGCUGAUUCUGUGACAUGUAAAGUACCGUGAUUUUGGCCGCUUUGCGAUCAAUCACAGCAAUUGUUUUUGACAAACAGUUAAGCGCACCCGGAAAAUAUUGUACCACACCAAUUUCAAUGGAGCUUUGCUGUGGUGUGGUGCACGGGUCAAGGAAGAAGCUGUGACAUUUUUUGGAGAGGAUCCAGAUAAAGGUGCAGAUAUAGAAAUUGAUUUUGUAUAGACAGGUGAUGCGCAGGUCAAGGAGGAUAUGAAUGAUGGUGUAAAUAAUGGAGUUUACUUUGGACACAAGGAAUGGAGAAGCUAUUGCAUCUUGGUCAGGACCGUGAGCAAGGUUGUGCAGGGGUCAAGCAAGAAUCUGCAACAUGAGAUACAUGAAUUCACUGCGUGGAGGCAUGGUGCGCGGGUCAAGGAAGAUGCUUUUUGCUGAAGACCUGGAUAAAGGUGCAGAUAAAGAAUUUACUUUGUAUCGAGCGUUGCCACAUGGGUCUAUUAAGAAAUCUUGUAUUUUUCAAAAAAGGAUCAGGAUAAAUGUGGUGCGUCGGUCAAGGAAGAAGCCAAUACUUUUUGGGCCAAGUUACUUUGAAGUCCUCCACAAACCAGAAGGAAGCUAACGAAAAAAACCAGACAAUCAUAAACACUUUUUUUUUCCGGGAGGACUGCACUCAACUGGGUGUCGGUGUACUCAUUAGACAUUAUUAGUCGUUAUUUGACUGUAACAUUGCAAUCUCUGUGCUUUUGGGAGUGCUGGGUUGGAGGAAGAACAGCCAUUAGCCGGUCAGCAUACCCAAGCGAAGGUCUGGGAGCAGAUUACACUUGUUUGCUUGAUUCGCACGUUAAGUUUGUUUUUUAUUUGGUUCAAAUGAAGCCAAAUAUCGAUCGCGCAGAUCUUGCAAGGCCGUGAUUCCCAUCCAGCCCCCGAGAAGCUCUAAAUUUUUGCGGAUGUUUCCUAUUUGGCAGAGGCGGCCCCAAAAAAAAAAGAAAAAGGCAAAUAAAUCACAUGCUGUGAGGCUGGCCAGGCCUUCCACUGUGAGAAACUGAGACGAAAAAGCAGAACAAGAGUCGAGGACUAAAGGGUUUUCAGAUGUGAGUCCAGCCCAGCUCGCUUUGGGUGUGCUCCCUUCUUUUUUCAUUUGGGGGAGAAUGGAGAGGACAAUCUCUGUUGCCUCCACCCCCUCGAGAAGGAAGGACCAUCCCAGGGAAGCGCGAGUCGGGAACGGGAAGAGCUGCUGCCGAGGCGCGGGGGCCGUCGGGCGGAUCUGAGGGGAACAUCUGGUGAGGCGGGCAGGGUAGCUCUCCGUCGGACAUCUGGUGGCGAGGGUUUCACGCCGCGUCGUUCUCAUCCUGCCGCCGCUUCCUGUUAUGCCUCGCUGUACCUCGGCGUCUUCGUACAGGGUCAUCCGUGCGGGAGGAGACACCCUGAUUCAUUUAUUCUGACAUGAAGGGAGCGCUCGGUUUGAUUGGGGUGUUCCUCUACUUUCUUUAUGAUGCCACCAUUGGAGACAUUACCUCACCAAGGGCUUGCGGAAAAAGCAUUGUCAGCUGUAUGAACUUACACAUGUUCUGCAACACUCUUUACGGGGGAGCCACCAUGGACUGCCUUUAUGAGCUCCUGGAGCACAUGUGCCUGUGCAACUUCGACAUGGCCAUGGCGGCGUUGAACACCACCGACUGGUGCGCUUGGGGCAACGUGAGCGGGUUGUACAGCAACUUGAGCCUGUGCACCGAGAACAUCUCUGACUGCCUGAGCAUCCCGUGGCCCAACCCUCUGGUGGAGCAGACGUUUGUCGACAUCCACCACAAGUUCUUCAGGGACUGUCCCAUGGAGGAGCUCAGCGACCCGGCGCCGCCCAUCGUCUUCGCCCUGGUCAUCACGCCCAUCCUCCUGAUCCCCAUCAUGGUCAGUCUGGUGGUCCUCAAGACCAAGAAUGGAGAUGGGAGCUCCUGAUCCAAUUUGGGGGAGGGCCAACGAUCAUCACUGGGAAUUUAGAAUACCAUAGGUGCUUUUCAACCAAACACAUCCAGGAACAUUUUGUUCCUGGUCGUGUUAUUCAAAGACCAAAACGUUUCCUAUGAUCUAUUUUAAUCUAUGUUCUGGGAAUUACGCAAAUCAGGCAAAUGACGCAGGAAGGAUCCGGUUGAACCAUUUGCCAGUUCUGCCUUUGUUGUUAUAUUCUCUACCCUUUUUUAGUUUCCCAGACUCGUUUGGCUCAUCAGUUAUCAACCUUGCGAAUAUCUUGGCAUUUUCGUGUAUCUACCCUAGAGGGUUAGGGGUUGCUAGAUUUGCCCUGGCACUAGAUUUUAGACCAUGAUUGUCUGAAGGUUCCUGGUUCCAGGGGAAAGUUCACAUGGACCAUCAAGUCCUUGCUUUAUCGCAAUAAUCCACAUUUCUGCCAAUCGGUCGAGUCUAGUUUGGUCACGUAAAUCCUGAUGCGGCUUCUGUUUUGGGGUUUAGGGACGCAGUUAUUACAGUAACUAAAUUAAAAAAAACAAGAUGACAGUUUCUUCUCGACAUGAAGCUUUUUAUGACAAAAAGCAGUUUGGUGUUGUGCAAGGAGAGACUUUUCUUUGUCCAGCUGUGCCCCUUUUGACACCCUCCCACUCUUUUUGGUGUCCCCACAGCAAGGAUGCCAAAAGUGAUAGACAACGGUGCGUUUGACAAACAAAUCGUGCCAAAGUGCACAGACCUGUGCUACUUGGUGGAGACAGCCCCGUCAUCUUUUUAAUGACAAGACCUUCGUGGAUUGGUCGCACUUAAUAUGAAGCAAAUGACGACAAGCACCUUUAGCACAUUGUGUAAUUAUGACAAAAGCGCAAGAGCUUGCUAGUAAGACAUAUUUUGAUUACAUUGGGAGUGUUUGUCUCCCCCCCCCCACCACUAAGUGUUGGGUGGCACAGGUAGCUAGCUAUUCAUUAUAUUGAGUCACCCCGGCAAUCUGCUCGGGUCGGGCAGGAUGGGAUGCCAGAGGUGAUGGAACACAGUUAUCAGGAGACGGAGCCGUCUUUCCUGCUAUUGUCUCCUUUUAAAAGACAAGCCUUCCUCCGCCAUCCUCAUCCUCUUAUGGAGAGCUGAUUAAUAUUUAACGUAAUUUCAGUGACAGGAAGCAAAAGAUUUAAAUAAUGUUUCGCCUUGUCUGAGUGACGAGAAAAAGCUCUUUGCUAUUUCGGAUUUAGUUCCUAUUUAUAUGAUAUUUCUGUGUAUUUUCUGAACUUCCUAUAGUGUCUGAGAGGAAACAAUACUAUGUACUGUAUUAUAAUAAUAAAAAAAUUCAAACAUUGA